AUGGGUUCCCAGCCAGCACCAAACGCGAGGUCGUUGAUCAAUCUUCAACUAGGAUGGCCGAGUCCUCGGUUGUUCGCCAGAGAGGGUCUCCUCAAGGGCGCCGAGGAGAUUCUAACGUCCGACAAGGAGAGCGCGACGGCGCUCAUCUAUGGGCCGCACGCGGGACACCCACCGCUGCGGGAGAGCAUCGCCGAAUGGCUAUCGUCCGUGUACACGUCUUGCGCUCCGACGACCAAGGACAGAAUAUGCAUCACCAACGGCGCUUCGGGGAACCUGGCCAACGUGCUCUUAAAGUUCUCGGAUCCCAUCUAUACGCGGGCCGUCUUCAUGGUGGAGCCGACGUAUUUCCUCGCCUGUCCGAUCUUCGAGGACAAUGGGUUCCAGGGCAAACUGCGCGGCGUGCCCGAAGACGACAAGGAGGGUUUGGAUAUUGAGUUUCUGCGCCGCGAGCUCGAGGCCGUCGAAGCCAGUGCGACUGCGACGACGGCUCCCACUCUCAAGACUGGCGCAACGUAUCCAAAGAUAUUCAAGUACUUCAUCUACCUUGUGCCGACCUUUUCCAAUCCAAGCGGCAAGACCUUGUCCUUGCAGAUGCGACAGGAAUUGGUGUCCCUCGCCCGCCAGUAUGAUGCCUUGGUCGUUUCCGACGACGUGUACGACUUUUUGCGCUGGCCUGAAGACUCCUCGGCACCCGACAAUGCCGUGUCUGGAGUGCCUCCGCGGCUGGUGGAUGUUGAUCGAGCCAUGCCUGGCUACACGAAAUGGGGUAAUACCCUGAGCAAUGGAUCGUUUUCCAAGGUCAUUGGACCCGGCGUAAGAGUCGGAUGGGCAGACUGCUCUCCUGCCAUGGCAGUCGAGUUGGGAGAGGUUGGCUCUUCCAGUUCUGGCGGCCAGCCAGCUCAUCUCACUUCCACCUUUGUAGACAAGAUGCUGCGCAGCGGGUAUCUGCAAAAUUUUAUCAACGAUACCCUGAUCCCCACGUACCGGAAACGCUACUACGUGCUCAUGAAAUCAAUUGACGAUUUGCUGGUACCGCUAGGCAUGAAGGUCGAGGUGAACAAACCUGCCGACGCGACUGCCGAGACCGCAGGUGGUUUCUUUACGUAUCUCAGCCUGCCAGAAGAUCUUCCGGCUGCCAAGGUAGUUGCGGCUAUUGCCUUCAAGGACUACCAGCUGCGUGUUGCCUUUGGCCACAUGUUUGCUGUCACGGGCGAUGCGGGAAGUAUUUCGAGGGCAGAGAUGGAUGGCGGUUUCGCCAAAUGCAUCAGAGUCUGUUGGGCAUGGCAUGAAGAAGAAGAAAUCCAAGAUGGUGUACAGAGACUGGCAGACGCCAUCAUAGAUAUCAGGGAUAGAAUCAAAAGGGGAGAAGAUGUGGGAAGCAAUCUCGCCAUUGGUAUUCGAUAA